UAUAAAAUAUUUAAAGCUUUUGACACAGUUGUCGACUUUUAAACCAAUCUUUUCACAGAGAUAUGAUUUACCCCGUGAUUAUUAGCGGAUGGAUACAACUACUUAAUAACUGAGAGGAGAGAAAAAUUACAUAGAUUAACCCGUCAUUCUGAUAGUUAGAUAUUGCAAUUUCAACAUUGACCAUUUUCUUAAAGUGUAAUGCCAAUAAGACCUUGGCAUAAUUUGUUUGGUUUUUGCGCGCAAUGCUCUUGGGUUGGAAGUCCUUCGGUCAUCAACAUUAACGAUGGCAGCGACGUGCGAAGGCGAGGCAGAUACCAGAGACAAACUGCUGAAAAAUGUAAAGAAAGAGGUGAAACAGCUCAUGGAAGAAGCUGUAACCAGAAAGUUUGUCCAUGAGGAGAGCAGCAGUAUCAUGUCUCUUAGUGGAGCUGUGGAAGCUUGUCUUCUGCAUGGCCUCAAGAAACGUGCGCUAGGUCUCUUUAAGCUGAGCACCACUACUGCGCUGCUCCAGAAAGUUGCCAAGGGAUUUGAACCAGCGGCCCAUGUCAUGAAGACUUACAGUGAAAUAGAAAAUCUGCAUGAAGCAUCCAAAAAAUCAUCCAUUUCCCUCACUUUAGAUGGCAACAGAAAUCAGAGUGUAAAGAAACCAAGUGGUAUUUACAACCCCAAAUACUUGUGGAUCAGGAUUGCUCUUUUUGAGAAACAGCUGGCCAAGAUUUUAGACUAUCUUGUCAAAAACUGGAAUAAAUAUUAUGAGGAGUGGGCAUUAAUAGCUGAUGGUUGUGAUGGACCUAUUCUCUCCUCUCUCUUAGUUGGUCCCUGUGCCCUGGAAUAUACCAAGAUGAAAACCACUGACCAUCUGUGGACAGACCCGCCUGCAGAUGAGCUGGUGCAAAGACACAGGAUCCACAGUGGAGGCAAUCACCACAUUACCAGGCCAGACUCCCCAAAGAGGCCUGGACUGCAGAUCCGGAGACACACCAGUAGCAGCAGUGAGGAGAGCAUGAGGGGAGCUCCAGUGUCGGCCAAAGAAUAUGUAGAAUCUCUUCAUCAGAAUUCCAGGGUGCUUCUCCUGUAUGGAAAGAAUAAUGUCCAUGUUCAGCCAAAAGAAGAUGCACAGCCCUUGCCUGGCUACCUGUCUCUUCAUCAGUCUGCAGAUGGACUGACCGUCAAGUGGACACCCAAUCAACUGAUGGGUGGUGGACAGAACACUCAGGAAGACACGGAUAAAAGUAUCUACUGGGACUAUGCCUUGGCCAUUCAUGUGGAUGAGAUAGUCUACCUUCACUGCCAUCAGCAGCCUGACAGUGGUGGCACCCUGGUCCUAGUGGGGCAAGAUGGUGUCCAGCACCCCCCUAUACAUUUCCCCAAAGGCGGUCAUCUGCUGGCCUUCCUGUCCUGCCUAGAGAAUGGCCUGCUGCCCCAUGGUCAGCUUGACCCUCCCCUAUGGUCACAAAGAGGUAAAGGCAAAGUAUUUCCAAAAUUGCGAAAGAGGAACAAUCGUCUGCGGGGCAGCAGCUCCAGUGCCUCAGGCUCCAGUUCAAGCCAAGAUGGAGACCUGCAUUCAGACUUGUUUGUAGAUGAGGAGACCACAGACUAUGUUUUUAGGAUUAUCACCACAUUCAGACCAGAGAACAUGCCCCCAGAAAUCCUUGACACAAAGACAGAGUUCAACUUCAAACUGUUGGACCUGUUUCCAUGGCAGAAUAAAGAGACCAACGUGAGCAAGCCGUCUACUCCAGUCACCCCAGAGACUUCCGUGCAUUCGUACGCUAGGGCGCAGCAGCACAUGAACAACACAUGUAUCUUUCAGAAUCAGUCGAAUCACAGAGCCACCAUAAAACAACUGUGUGAUACUAUGAGGAAGCAGAUUCUGUCACGGGCAUUCUAUGGAUGGCUUGCUCACCGUAGACACCUGAAGACAGUGCGUACUCACCUGUCUGGUCUGGUGAACAGUACCAUGUACCCUGUAGAUGACCCAUGUGACGCGGCUUGUGGCCUCUCUGCUGAUACCUGGGCAGAACUGUAUAAGAACCAAGUGGUGGAAGACUCCUUGGAAGUGAAUAGACUGACUUAUUAUGGUGGUGUGGCACAUGAAAUUAGGAAGGAGGUGACUUAUUUUCAAACCACGAGGGAAAAGAAAGAAUUACUUACAGGUCAUACUGUACUGUACGAGUUAAGCAAAGUAUUUCCAAAAUUGCGAAAGAGGAACAAUCGUCUGCGGGGCAGCAGCUCCAGUGCCUCAGGCUCCAGUUCAAGCCAAGAUGGAGACCUGCAUUCAGACUUGUUUGUAGAUGAGGAGACCACAGACUAUGUUUUUAGGAUUAUCACCACAUUCAGACCAGAGAACAUGCCCCCAGAAAUCCUUGACACAAAGACAGAGUUCAACUUCAAGCUGUUGGACCUGUUUCCAUGGCAGAAUAAAGAGACCAACGUGAGCAAGCCGUCUACUCCAGUCACCCCAGAGACUUCCGUGCAUUCGUACGCUAGGGCGCAGCAGCACAUGAACAACACAUGUAUCUUUCAGAAUCAGUCAAACCACAGAGCCACCAUAAAACAGCUGUGUGAUACUAUGAGGAAGCAGAUUCUGUCACGGGCAUUCUAUGGAUGGCUUGCUCACCGUAGACACCUGAAGACAGUGCGUACUCACCUGUCUGGUCUGGUGAACAGUACCAUGUACCCUGUAGAUGACCCAUGUGACGCGGCUUGUGGCCUCUCUGCUGAUACCUGGGCAGAACUGUAUAAGAACCAAGUGGUGGAAGACUCCUUGGAAGUGAAUAGACUGACUUAUUAUGGUGGUGUGGCACAUGAAAUUAGGAAGGAGGUAUGGCCCUACUUACUUGAACAUUACACAUUUGGCAGCACUCCAGAGGAGAGACAAGCACUGGACCAAUCCAUACAAACUGGCUACGAACAAACCAUGUCUGAAUGGCUUGCUGUGGAGGCAAUUGUUAAGCAACGAGAAAAGGAAUCUGCUUUAGUCAAUCUAUCGAAAUACUCGUCAGGAAGCACCGAUACCAUUCCUUUAGUCAGGAAGGAUUCCAGUUUGAGUAAUGAUGUUUUCUUCGAUGGCAGCCUUGAGGUGGAAGAAUUUCAUCCCCACGAGCCACCAUUGACAGAGGAGAGCUCAACCGGAGCCUCAACCCCAAUGAGUGAUCAGGCUGCGUUAAAAUUGGUCCAGUCAGAAGUGGCUCAACUGUCAGCCAAAAUCCAAGAAGAAUUCACAGCAACUACAUCCACGACUGCCACAGAGAACAAAGAGAAGGUGGAUGACAUGAGAGCGACGAUACAACGACGUAAUCUGAAAAGAUCUGAUGAACUGGACAGCACCAGCCCAGAUGAGGGGAUAGGGGACUCCCUCCUUCAGAGACAGAGUACCUGUGAGUCCAAGGGGACUCUGUAUGACAGUUUUGACAAUGACAGUGCUUGUGAUCGAGGUGACGAAGACCAGGGGCCAAGUAAGGACAUUGUGGUCACAUACCCAGCAGCAGAGGAUGUGUUCUCCAAGGGCGAGAGCACCCCUAAAGGGGAGGUCACACCUGAAGACCAAGAAGUCGCAGCGCUCAAUGAAAAUGCCAAACGUUCAGGCAUCAGUGUUACUGAAGUAUGGCCCUACUUACUUGAACAUUACACAUUUGGCAGCACUCCAGAGGAGAGACAAGCACUGGACCAAUCCAUACAAACUGGCUACGAACAAACCAUGUCUGAAUGGCUUGCUGUGGAGGCAAUUGUUAAGCAACGAGAAAAGGAAUCUGCUUUAGUCAAUCUAUCGAAAUACUCGUCAGGAAGCACCGAUACCAUUCCUUUAGUCAGGAAGGAUUCCAGUUUGAGUAAUGAUGUUUUCUUCGAUGGCAGCCUUGAGGUGGAAGAAUUUCAUCCCCACGAGCCACCAUUGACAGAGGAGAGCUCAACCGGAGCCUCAACCCCAAUGAGUGAUCAGGCUGCGUUAAAAUUGGUCCAGUCAGAAGUGGCUCAACUGUCAGCCAAAAUCCAAGAAGAAUUCACAGCAACUACAUCCACGACUGCCACAGAGAACAAAGAGAAGGUGGAUGACAUGAGAGCGACGAUACAACGACGUAAUCUGAAAAGAUCUGAUGAACUGGACAGCACCAGCCCAGAUGAGGGGAUAGGGGACUCCCUCCUUCAGAGACAGAGUACCUGUGAGUCCAAGGGGACUCUGUAUGACAGUUUUGACAAUGACAGUGCUUGUGAUCGAGGUGACGAAGACCAGGGGCCAAGUAAGGACAUUGUGGUCACAUACCCAGCAGCAGAGGAUGUGUUCUCCAAGGGCGAGAGCACCCCUAAAGGGGAGGUCACACCUGAAGACCAAGAAGUCGCAGCGCUCAAUGAAAAUGCCAAACGUUCAGGCAUCAGUGAGAAAACCAGACAUCUUUCUACCUCAAAGGAGAGUUUGGCAUCUCCAGCCUCCCCAGCUUGUCAUGGUGCUGCUUACACUCCAGAAUUACUGGACAGUGUGGCUCUCAACCUCCACCGUAUUGACAAGGAUGUUCAGAGAUGUGAUAGGAACUACCACUUCUUCACUACAGAGAACCUGGAAAAGCUGAGGAAUAUAAUGUGCACAUAUGUGUGGGAAAACUUGGAUGUUGGCUAUGUUCAAGGCAUGUGUGACCUCCUGGCCCCCUUGCUAGUCAUUUUUGAUGAUGAGGCCCUGUCAUACAGCUGCUUCAAGCAGUUAAUGAAGAGGAUGUCUGGAAACUUCCCACAUGGAGGCGCAAUGGACACACACUUUGCUAACAUGAGGUCACUCAUUCAGAUCCUAGAUUCUGAGCUGUUUGAGCACAUGCACCAGAAUGGGGACUACACACACUUCUACUUCUGCUACAGGUGGUUCCUGCUGGACUUUAAGAGAGAACUGGUGUAUGAUGAUGUUUUCUCAGUAUGGGAGACCAUCUGGUCUGCCUGCCACAUCAGCUCCUCUCACUUUGUCCUCUUCAUUGCUCUGGCACUGGUGGAAUACUACAGGGAAAUUAUUAUGGACAACAACAUGGACUUUACUGAUAUUAUCAAAUUCUUUAAUGAAAUGGCUGAGCACCACAAUGCUAAGCAGGUGCUUGCUAUUGCACGUGACCUCGUUUACAGACUGCAGAAUCUCAUUGAAAACAAGUGACAUUUUGAAGGAGUCUACCAAACAGUCUUAUGACUUAAAAGUAAAACUUUUAUGCCAAAGGAAAUAAAAAGGGGAAGAUAUGGGACCCUUUUUGAGUCAAAGUAAACACUAGACAAAAAUAGAAAUCCAUAUAUUAUCUGGCCAAACUGAAUGAAUCAGCUAUACCAAAAAAUGGCCAUUUACAUAUGUUUACAUCAUUUAGUUUGGAAGAAAAAUCACAGCCUUAUCAGAAUUGCUACAUGAAUAAUAUAUUUGUCCUUAGAAAAGACAUAUGUUCAUGCAGUUGCAUAAUUUAUCUUAAAGUUAUGUAUGUAUUUUUUUCUUCUACCCAAAAAUGGCAUAUUUGAUAUUUUGGUGAAAGUCCGGUUCUGUUUUGAAGUUAAUACCAACUAAAGGCCAGAACCUGUUUAUUCCAUUUCUCAUUUUCGUCCAGUGCAUCAUGUGUUGACUUUUACCUUUUUUCAUCGCUUAAACUUUGAGCAAUUAACUUUUUCCCAAAGUACAAAUUUUAUAAUGAAAAUAAUUUUAAAUUAUGACCUAUAGGGACAAUUUAUACCAGCUUUAGAUUUCUUCUUUUGAAAAGAACUUUUACAUUUCUUGACUUUUGUCAAUUACAAAGUGGUGCUGGCAGUUGAAGGUGUAAAGUAGAAAAAAAGUAUGAUGGACUGGCUUUAACAGUUUUAAUUUAUUGGUUUUUGUGGUAUUCAGUUUUAUCUAUAAAUCUUCAAAAUACUUAACUUCAGAGGAAUGUUCUCAAGAUAUAUAUAAUUUAAUGUCUAUUAUAUUCUUCAUGACCAUUAUAUAGGUUGUAGAUGUUUAUCCUUCAUUGAUAGACAUCUUUUCUCUAAUUAGUUGUAACAUUCAGUAUUUGAAGAUGGUUCAUAAAAGUAAUGUACAAAUAGUGGAAAACAUACAGUAAUAUGUAGGAUAUGAGCUUACAAUGCAAAAUAGAACCACUUGAUAAUUUGCCAUUCUCAACUUGUAAAAAUAGUCUUGGUAUUUUAAUUAUGAUCCAUUUAAUUCUCAAUGGGAAUAUUUUAACUUUCAUUUAUGAAGAUCUGUAACCCACAAAUGUGCACGUUUUAAACAAUAAACUUUUAAUAAUAAAACUUCAAAAGCACAUUACUGCCACUCUUAUUAUGUAGAUAUUCAUUUCUGUCAACAUACUUAAUAUAAGCUAUGAUAAAUUCUGUAUAGUGAUGUCUUGUGGUUUAGUGUUACAAAUCUACAGUAUAUAUUAUUGUACAUUCACGUAGUAGAUUUUGGACUGUGAUGUUAUAAGUCGAUAAGGAAUCUAAACCUCACUUAAUUAGUACCACC